GUCUGGUUGCGAAGGUAGUGGUCGUGGUUAUUUGCUGCUAGAAGACGCAAGUGCUUCCUCCAGAGCUUCCCCGCGGCUAGGCUUAGUGACAAUUUUUUUUUGCUUAUUUAUCAGUCAAGCUCACCGUGGGUGACCCAUUUCUGUUUGUGCAUGAUAAUACCGCAAACUAGUUUGAAAGGUGAGCCUAAUCUGCUCUGAACAUAAUAGGGACACGAAAUUACAAUGCCAUCCCCAAUGGAGGGAUCUUCAAGAGAAGGUGACCUGUUUACUGUGAAACACGAGCUGAAAAAUGCCAACCUGACAGGCCACAUUGAGAGGGUGGGCAUUGAAAACUUUGAGCUACUAAAGGUGCUGGGCACAGGAGCGUACGGGAAGGUGUUCCUGGUGAGGAAGGUGAGCGGCCACGAUGCCGGGAAGCUCUACGCCAUGAAGGUGUUGAAGAAGGCGACUAUCGUCCAGAAAGCGAAGACGGCCGAACAUACGCGGACGGAGCGGCAGGUGCUGGAGCACAUCCGCCAGUCUCCGUUCCUCGUAACGCUUCACUACGCCUUUCAGACCGACACCAAGCUGCACCUCAUUCUCGAUUAUGUAAACGGGGGGGAACUUUUCACGCACUUGGUGCAGAGGGUGCGGUUUAAGGAGCAAGAAGUAGCACUGUACAGCGGAGAAAUUGUCUUGGCACUAGAACAUCUACAUAAGCUUGGAAUCGUCUAUCGAGACCUAAAACUGGAGAAUAUUCUACUGGAUUCAAACGGUCAUAUAGUUCUAACAGAUUUUGGCCUGAGUAAAGAAUUUGAUCAGGUUGAGAGGGCUUUCUCUGUUUGUGGCACUGUUGAAUACAUGGCUCCAGAAAUAGUUGAAGGAGGAGAUUCCGGACAUGACAAGGCGGUGGACUGGUGGAGCCUCGGCGUGCUAAUGUACGAGCUCCUGACGGGCGGAUCGCCCUUCACCGUCGACGGAGAUGAAAAUUCCCACUCGGAUAUCGCCAAGAGGAUUUGCAAAAAGGAUCCUCCUUUCCCCAAAGACAUGGGACCGCUGGCCAAAGACCUGAUCCAACAACUCCUCGUCAAAGAUCCAAAGAACAGAUUAGGAUCCGGUCCUAACGGAGCAGAGAACGUGAAGAAACAUCCAUUUUAUCAGAAAAUCAACUGGGAGGACUUGGCAGCGAAGAAGGUACCUGCGCCUUUCAAGCCGGUGAUUCGGGACGAGCUGGAUGUCAGUAAUUUUGCUGAGGAGUUCACAGAAAUGGACCCCACUUACUCCCCUGCAGCGCUGCCUCAGAACUGUGACCGCAUUUUCCAGGGAUACUCUUUCAUGGCCCCCUCCAUCCUGUUCAAGAGGAAUGUGGUGAUGGACGACCCCAUCCAGCUGUGCGGCGGCUUCGAGAGGCCGGGCUCCGCCGCCGUGGCCCGCAGCGCCAUGAUGAAGGACUCCCCUUUCUACAUGAAUUAUGAGAUGGACCUGCAGGACAGCGCUCUGGGAGAGGGCAGCUUCUCCAUCUGCCGCCGCUGCACUCACAAAAACACCGGACAACAAUACGCAGUGAAGAUAGUCAGCAAGCGGAUGGAGGCGCAGACUCAGAGGGAAAUAGCGGCCUUGAAGCUCUGCGACGGCCACCCGAACAUUGUGAAGUUGCAUGAAAUUUACCACGAUCAGCUCCACACAUUCCUGGUUCUGGAACUGCUCGGUGGAGGAGAGCUGCUGGAGAGAAUCCGGAGGAAGCAGCACUUCAGUGAAACAGAGGCCAGCCGCAUCAUGCGCAAACUGGUGUCUGCUGUCAGUCACAUGCAUGAUGUAGGAGUGGUGCACAGGGACCUGAAGCCAGAGAACCUGCUCUUCACAGACGAGAGUGAGAACUCCGAGAUAAAAAUCAUAGACUUUGGCUUUGCGCGUCUAAAACCGCCAGACAAUCAGCUGCUGAAGACUCCCUGCUUCACCCUGCAGUAUGCUGCCCCAGAGAUCCUCAAAUAUAACGGCUAUGAUGAGUCCUGCGACCUGUGGAGUCUGGGGGUCAUUCUGUACACCAUGCUGUCUGGACAGGUGCCUUUUCAGUGUCAGGAGAAGAGCCUGAUCCACACCAGCGCUGAGGAGAUCAUGCACAAAAUCAAGCAGGGGGAUUUCUCUUUUGGAGGCGAGGCCUGGAGAAAUGUGUCCCAGCAGGCUAAAGACCUCAUACAAGAGCUGCUGACGGUGGACCCAGACAAGAGGAUUAAGAUGUGCGGCCUCCGUUACAACGCCUGGCUCCAGGACGACAGCCAGCUGUCCUCCAACCCACUCAUGACCCCCGACAUUCUCGGCUCCUCCACUGCCUCCGUCCACACUUGCGUCAAAGCGACCUUUAAUGCUUUCAACAAAUGCAAACGGGAAGGUUUCCGCCUACAGACGGUGGACAAGGCGCCGCUGGCCAAGAGGAGGAAAAUGAAAAAGACGAGCACCAGCACGGAGACGCGCAGCAGUUCCAGCGAGAGCACCCACUCCUCCUCCUCCUCUUCGCAGUCUCAGGAGAAGACGCUAACGGAGGGCGAGCCCAAUCCGCCGCCUUCCAGCAGCCCCCCCGUCAAAACGCCGGGCGUCGAAGAGACGGACUGCGGAGACCGGAACGCACUGUCGGCAUUUCGCUUCUCGGAAGGACAGUGAGGCGGCAGGCGACGGAUCCGGACGCAGUUUUUGGUCGACGGACCGUGGAGUCGGACCCGCGCGACGACUCGGUCUCCGCCUCCAGCUCCGUUGCAUGGACGUCUGCAUGUCACCAGAACCGAGCAUGCAGCAGGAGCAGCAGCUUGCACCGUAAUAUCAAUCAAUCAAUCACCAUUAGCAAUAGCCUCUCUUUUCUUUUCUUUUCCUCUGACUUUCACACUUCCUCUGUUAUCAAUCAGGGUCUGGACCAGGCAGAAGUUGUCAUUGUUGUCUUAAGGGCUGCCCCACCGUCCCCGGUCCAGGAAGAUGGAAGGGAGGGACGUCUUUACUGUCGUUGUUAAAAAAGCGAAACAAAAAACCCCCCAAAACAACGUCGGUCCUCUCCUCGUUCUUUGUAUCUGUCCGUGUCUAGGUGGUUUUUUUUUGUUUGUUUGUUUGUUUUAAAGGGAAACCUGUAGUAUUUAAACCGCGGAUGCUUUGUAAGGGAGGAGAAGACGCGAAACAAAACCUUGGGUGAAAUCGCGUCCGAGAGGUGGGGCUUUUAUUUAUAUGUGAAUUUUAGACUGUAAUCUAUUUAUCAUAAGCUAUAUUGUUAACUUAUUAAUGGUUCCAAAUGAGCCUGAAUAGAAAUAAUGCGAGUGUUAAAAAAAAAACCCAGAUAUUUUUGUGUAAGUACGGUUCCUUAUCUGCAGAAAACAUGGUGGGUUUUGUAGACAUGACUGCAGCUGUCAUGUCUACAGUCAUGUAGACUUUAGUAUCACGGACGCAAAGGAAAAAAAACAAAACAGCCGACGGUGUUGAUGAUUGUUAAAAUGAAAAAUGUAUGCAUAAAAGAUUAAAGAAGCAAACAUGUGAGCAUUUUAGCCCAAUGUGUUUUGUAGUUUCUGCGAAAAGCGAAGCAUUUCUCGUGACCCUGAGAGCAGAGCUGAGUUUAGAGUUGUCGCUCCCUCUGAUGUGGAACUACUUUAAAACUUAAAAUGGCCACUUCUCUAGCACGGUCCAGUCCUCGGGGUCAGCAGCGGUUAGCGCAGCGGUGGGUUUUCCUUGGGUCGCGCUGCCUCAAAAAAAAAAAAAAUUAAUUGCGUCCUUCCCACUACAGUCAAUUAGAUCUUUGGGAGAAUUCAGAUCCGCUCGAUGUGAGAUGAAGUAGAGCUUUCUCUGAUUGACGAUUGAAACGGCCGAUUUCAAGUGGUCUCCUGUUCAGAAAUAACGAAAUGCAAUUACUUUGUAACGGGAAGGUGGUUUUCGUUUUGUGUGUGUGUGUGUGUGCCAAAAUUGCAGCCGAAUCAAGUAAUGUCCGGUUUCCAGCUACGAGUGCAGAGGUGGGGAUAUUUCAGGAGUCUGCAGGGCAGCAAAGUCAUGUUGCUUUCUUGGAAGUCUUCAAACCUUUCUUGUUCUAACAGCGACAAUAAAAAGUAUUCACCCGUC